CAUUAUUGUACAUCAUUAGUCAUAGUAGGGAGUAGGGAGUCUCUCUCAAGCCACAACAACGAUAUAUAACUGGUAAUAUGUCAAUUAAAUGUAGCCCUGUUUUAGUAUAGACAUGGUAUGUACGCCAUCUUAUAUAGUACUUCCACUGUGCCACUUGAAUGCACCCCACAUCUACAUAAGGUGGCUAGCACCCUUCCAGUCUAUCAUUGUACAUUAACAUUUCUGUCAUGGAAAGACAAAAUUGCUACCUCAAUAUUGUUUCUCAUCUCCUAGCCAUUCUCCAACUCUUAAUUAUCUCUAGAGCUCACAUUAACAACCAUACAACCACCCUAACUCGCCAUCCCCUGGAUCCAGUGACGGUCCACGAGAUAAAUCGAGUCCGAACCAUACUCUCCUCCUAUGCUGCUAAUAAGUCCUUCACCGUUUACUCCUUGACUUUAGAGGAGCCUCCUAAGUCUCAAGUUCUAAAUUGGAGGAAAGGUGAUCUUUUAUCUUUUAGAAAGAUCUCAGUCAUUGCAAAUUUUGAAGGUGGACCCAUUCUCGUGCUCUCUGUGGACUUGAAGUUGGGCGAUGUGAGUCAGGUCAAGACUAUCCCAUCGUCUAGAUACCCAGUUCCAACCUCAGAGGAAAUUAUGGCUUCACUGAGUGCAACAUUUAGUAGUGCCGAGUUCAAUCAAAGCAUCCUUGACCGUGGGGUUAACUUGGCGGACGUGAAUUGUGCAUCCUUGUCUCCAGGGUGGUUCGGAAAGCAUGAGGGAAAUAGAAGGAUAAUAAAGAUACAAUGUUUUUCCAUGAAAGAUACUGUUAGUUUGUACAUGAGACCAAUCGAAGGGUUGACAAUAGUUGUUGAUUUAGACACAAAUCAAGUGGUGGAGAUCUCCGAUCAUGGAAGGCACAUCCCCAUCCCAAAUGCUGUGGACAUAGGCUAUCCUAACUCAGGCCCAAACAACACCCAUAAGAAAACCAAGCCCAUCAACCCAAUAUCCAUGGAGCAACCCAAAGGUCCAAGCUUCAUCGUAGAAAACAACCACUUAAUCAAAUGGGCAAAUUGGGAAUUUCACCUCAAACAUGAUCCUAGAGCUGGUGUGAUCGUCUCUAGAGCCAUGUUUGAGGACCCGGAAAGUGGAAAGUUGAAAAGUGUAAUGUAUAAAGGGAUGGUUUCAGAGAUGUUUGUACCAUAUAUGGAUCCGACUGAAGCUUGGUAUUUCAAGACGUAUUUGGAUGCUGGUGAUUAUGGGCUCGGGUUAUCCACAAGGGCACUUGACCCGCUUAAUGAUUGCCCUAAAAAUGCAUAUUAUAUGGACGGGCUGCUUGUAACAAGUGAUGGAACACCAUUUAUUCAAUCCAAUGUGAUUUGUGUAUUCGAGAGAUAUGCAGGCGAUAUCGCAUGGAGUCACACUAACAAUUAUGUUGCUGGAGAAGAGAUUUAUGAACAGAGAUCGAAGGUGACUCUAGUAGUUAGAAUGGUACCUUCAAUAGGUAACUAUGACUACAUCAUGGAUUGGAUAUUUCAAAUCGACGGACUAAUUAGAAUUGAGAGUGUAGAAGAUGAAGUGAAGAUGGAGAGAUGAAUAGUUUUUCCAAGGAACCGACAACCCCGAGCCGCACCUCGAUCUCUUUCCCCCACCUCGGCGUCGCACCUCCGUCUUUUUUCCCCAGCUCAAUGUUGAACUUGGAAGGUCUCACGUUAAGACUAACGUGCGACCGUCUUUUAUAAGACUUUGUGACAAUUUUAUUGGAGCCAUUGAAUAGUCUUCCUGAAAUAAUAGCACAUACCUUUAUUA